AUAGCAUACUCAUCCAAGCCUCUCAGUCUCGUCUAUAUAAACCACUCUAAAGUCUAAAGUCUAAACACACACACAUUCUCCGUUCACCAUCUCACGUUACAUUACAAUCAGUCUCUCUCUUCCUCUCUUCUUCUUCUUGGUUGUAUUUAAGAAGAUUGUCAAAAGAUUUUUUAGGGCUAAUAUAUAUAGUUUCGAGAUAUAUAUAGGCAUUGACGUAAAGUCAUGGCCGGCGGAGGAUUCUCGGCCGCAGGAGGGAGCCAUUUCGAGGCCAAGAUCACACCUAUUGUCAUCAUCUCCUGCAUUAUGGCCGCCACCGGUGGCCUCAUGUUCGGUUACGACGUCGGCGUUUCAGGUGGUGUUACGGCGAUGCCCGAUUUUCUGAAAAAAUUCUUCCCAGUUGUGUACCGGAAGUCUCAGGAAGGAGUAGGACUGGACAGCAACUACUGCAAAUAUGACAAUCAAGGGCUUCAAUUGUUUACAUCGUCGUUAUAUCUCGCUGGUUUAACGGCGACUUUCUUUGCCUCCUUUACAACAAGGACGUACGGCCGGCGGCCGACCAUGAUGAUAGCCGGAUUCUUCUUCAUAGUUGGUGUGAUACUCAAUGCUGCAGCUCAAGACCUUGCUAUGCUCAUUAUUGGAAGGAUUUCACUUGGGGUUGGAGUUGGCUUUGCUAAUCAGGCAGUUCCACUCUUCCUUUCUGAGAUUGCACCCACAAGGAUACGUGGAGGACUCAACAUACUCUUCCAACUUAACGUCACCCUCGGCAUCCUCUUCGCCAACCUUGUCAAUUACGGCACAUCAAAAAUCAAGGGAGGGUGGGGAUGGAGGCUAUCACUGGGUUUGGCUGGGAUUCCAGCAGGCCUCCUGACCUUAGGUGCCCUCUUUGUGGUGGAAACCCCCAACAGCCUAAUUGAACGCGGACACUUGGAAAAAGGAAAAGCAGUGCUCAGAAGGAUCCGAGGCACUGACAAGAUUGAACCCGAGUACUUGGAGCUUGUUGAGGCCAGUCGUAUAGCUAAAGCAGUGAAGCACCCAUUCAGAAAUCUCCUCAUGAGAAGGAAUCGACCACAACUGAUCAUUGCUGUGGCCUUGCAGAUUUUCCAACAAUUCACAGGCAUCAAUGCGAUCAUGUUCUAUGCACCAGUCCUAUUUGACACAGUGGGAUUUGGCAGCGAUGCUGCCCUAUACUCAGCUGUAAUUACAGGGGCUGUUAAUGUGGUCUCCACCCUUGUCUCCAUCUACUCUGUCGACAAAGUUGGGCGUCGCAUCCUCUUGCUGGAAGCUGGAGUCCAAAUGUUCAUCUCUCAAGUGGUCAUAGCCAUAAUUCUAGGGAUCAAGGUCAAGGACCACUCUGAAAGCCUUAGCCAUGGAUUCGCAAUCUUCGUAGUCGUUUUGGUUUGCACAUAUGUGGCUGCAUUCGCAUGGUCAUGGGGGCCUUUGGGAUGGCUUAUUCCCAGUGAGACAUUCCCAUUGGAGACACGAUCAGCUGGGCAGAGUGUGACAGUUUGUGUCAAUUUGCUCUUCACCUUUGUCAUUGCACAGGCCUUUCUAUCAAUGCUGUGCCAUUUAAAGUAUGGCAUUUUCUUGUUCUUCUCGGGUUGGGUUCUGAUCAUGUCACUGUUUGUGGUGUUCCUGGUCCCGGAGACGAAAAAUAUUCCCAUUGAGGAGAUGACAGAUAGAGUGUGGAAGCAGCACUGGCUCUGGAAGAGGUUCAUGGAUUACAGUGUGGACGAAGAAAAUGGCACUAACGGCCACCCUGCAACGAAAAAUGGGCAUGCCAAUGGAUUCGAUCCUUCUUCCCAAUUAUAGAAAGUACAAGAAAAGAUUGAAGAAGAUUUUGUGCUACUAGGAUCAUAUAGAUGAAUAAAUGAAUAGGUGUGUAACAUAAAAAAACAUAUUUGUGUUCUCUAAUGGUGUUUUGGAGUAUGUGCAGUGCAAUUUAUUAGCACAUUUUAGUUGGCUUUGUCAAACAGGAGGGCUACUUGUAAAUUGGUCCACUUUAUGCUUUUUUCUAGUGCAUCAACAUCUAAAGAAAAAGAAACAUGUCAUGAAACUUAUCUUGAUUUAAUUGGUCAAUCUUGCCAUAACUUGUGUGAUUGACGGUAAAAACAAUGGAGGGUACUGCCUAUCUGUAGUGAAAGCAGAUUGAAGGAUUCACUCGC